AUGGCGGUGCCGCCGCCGCCGCCGCCGGGCCCCGAGCAGGCCCCGCGGUACCAGGAGUGGAUCCUGGACACCAUCGACUCGCUGCGUUCGCGCAAGGCGCGGCCGGACCUGGAGCGCAUCUGCCGCAUGGUGCGGCGGCGGCACGGCCCCGAGCCCGAGCGCACCCGUGCCGAGCUGGAGAAGCUGAUCCAGCAGCGCGCCGUGCUCCGCGUCUCCUACAAGGGCAGCAUCUCGUACCGCAACGCCGCCCGCGUGCAGCCGCCGCGCCGCCCGCCGCCGCCCGCUCGCCGCCCGCCGCCCGUCAGCCUCCGCGACACCGCGCGGCUGCUCGGCGGCGACGGCCGCCUCACCCGCGGCCGCCUGCAGGGCUCGGCCGCGCCCGGCGGCGCAGGGGGAGCGGCCGGGGCGGCCGCCGGGGCGGGCGGCGGCGGCGGAGCGGGCGGCGGGGCCCGGCCGGAGCGCACCCGGCUGGGCGCCAUCGCCACGGCCCGCGGGGAGCGUGGGUGCAGCUUUGGAUCCCCCGUUUUAUUGGGGGGCCUCCAAUUUUGGUGUCACUUUUUUGGGGUUCUCUGUGGGGUGACAUUAACGCCGCCCUUAUGGGGACCCCCCCUCCCUUCCCAGCCCCCCUGCAGCAGCAGCGAGGCCUCGGCACGGGAGGAGGAGGAGGAGGAGGAGGAUGAGGACGAGGAAGACGAGGACGGGACGGGCUCGGAGGCCUCGGAGGACGCUGGGCCCCCCCGGCAGCUGAACGGGGAGGGUCGAGGGGGGCCCCCCCUGCGCCCCCCGGGGCAGCCGCCCCCCGAGCGGCCCCCCCAGGCCAAGGCCUGCGCCCCGGGGGAGGGGGGCUGCCAGCACAUGGCCCCCCUCAAAAAGGAGGGGGCGUUUGGGCAGCCCGACAGAGCAGUGUCCCCGGCGCUGGCCGGGGCAGAGCCCUCGGUGCCGCUGUCCCCAGGCCGGCCGGGCCCCCAGGCCACCGAGGGGGCCCCGUUCAGCUGCACGGCCGGGCGCAAGGACAAGGCCGUGGAUCCGGUGGACUGGUCAGUGCGGGACGUGGUCGAGUAUUUCACCGAGGCCGGCUUCCCUGAGCAGGCUGGGGCCUUCCAGGAGCAGGAGAUCGAUGGCAAGUCGCUGUUGCUGAUGCAGAGGGCCGAUGUGCUCACGGGUCUCUCCAUCCGCCUGGGCCCCGCGCUCAAGAUCUACGAGUACCACGUGAAGCUGCUGCAGCGCAGCCACUUCCAGGACGAGGAGCCCCCCCCGGAGCCCUUCCCGGCCUGAGACCCCCCCCAAAUCCAGGGGGGCGCCCCCAGACCCGUGGGGACCCCCUGGGAUCCGGGAGGGCUCCUCCCUCCCCCCCCUGCUGCUGCACACAGAGACUUUGGGGGGUCCCACCCCGUGGUUUUGGGGGGUCCCACCUCUCUUUGAGGUGGUGCUGUCCCUAUUUGGGGGGGGGUCUCGCCUCUCUUUAGGGGCCCACCUCGAAUUUGGGGGGGGUUCCUGCUGUUGUUUGAGGGGUCCCACCUCACUUUGAGGGGGUCUCAUCUCUAUUUUGGGGGGGGUCUCAUUUCUCCCACCCCUCUUUGGGGCUCCCACCUCUCUCUGGGGGGUCCCACCCCUAUUUUGGGGUCCCACCCUUCUUUGAGGAGUCUCUCUUUUGGGGGGAGGGGCACUUCUGUAGGGGACCCCCCUCUUUUGAGGCAUUACCUCUCUUUUGGGGGGGUCCCACCCCUUAUUUGGGGGGGCUUCUCUUUGGGGGUGUCAUUUCUCCUUUGGGGGUGUCUCACCCCUCUUUUGGGGCGGCUUCUCCUUGUGGGGGACCCCUCUUUUAGGGGGUCCCCCCCUCUCUUUUGGGGGAUCACCCCUCUUUUUGGGGGGGAUCCCACACUCUGAGGGGGUCACCCCUCCUUUUGGGGGGUCCCCUCUCUCUGGGGCACACUCGGGGUGGGGGCACCCCACUCUUUGGGGGGGUCACCCCCUUUUUAGGGGAUCCCCCUUUUCUUUGGGGGGGGAUUUUUACCGCGGGGGGAGGGGGGGGGCUCUGCCCGGAGAUGUUUUAACCUUGCCCCAGCU